AUGAGUGGACUCGGGGUGCAGUUUCUGUGCAUUUCAGUCAGGCAGGAAACACAAGGAGAGGAUACAAUGCAGAAUUCUACUCCUCACCCCGCGGUGUUACUGUUGGGCUUUGGUGAAAUGACAUCAGUGAAAUAUCUAUACUGUUCCCUCAUUCUCAUUGGCUACUCGGUCAUAAUUCUGUUAAACAGCGCUGUUAUCGCCGUUACCGUAUUGCACGAGACGCUACAGAGGCCGAUGUACAUUUUCAUUUCUGCCUUUUGUAUAAAUGGCCUGUAUGGCAGCACCGCUUUCUUCCCCAGCGUCUUCAUAAACCUUUUUAAAGAGGCCCAAACCAUUUCCUAUGGCGCUUGCAUUCUGCAGGACUUUGCUGUCAAUACCUAUGGGGGGUCGGAGAUGACUCUUCUGGCGGUGAUGGCGUUUGAUCGCUAUGUCAGUAUCUGCCACCCCCUGAGGUAUAACAGUAUCAUGUCCCUACCGACCGUAUUCAGACUCAUUGGCGCGGCCUGGUUGUAUCCAUUUAUCUUGGUUUCCAUUCUGGUUCUGUUGACCGUUCGGCUUCCUCUGUGUGAUUGGGUCAUUCUAAAGAUCUACUGCGACAACUGGUCGGUGGUGAGACUCUCCUGUGUUGAUACGUCCACCAACAAUGCCUAUGGGAUUCUGUGCACCGUGGCAAUACUGGUGGUGAUGCCAAUCCUGAUAGUCAUCUCUUACAUUGCCAUUUUGAGAGUCUGUGCCAAGUCUUCAAAGGAUUUCCAGGCCAAAGCCUUGCAGACCUGCGCUCCUCAUCUUCUCGCCAUCGCCACCUAUCUUGUUGACGUCCUGUUUGAGAUAUUUCUCUACCGAUACUCCCCUACGUCCCUCCCUCCUGCGCUGAGGGUCUUCAUGUCGAUACAUUUCCUGGUGGUGCCUCCGCUUCUUAAUCCUCUGAUCUAUGGUUUGAAAAUAAGAGAACUUAGAGUAAAAAUAAAUAAACUUCUUCAGAAACAGUCUAUUCCUCUUCGGGAGCCAAAGCACCCUUGA